UCCAGAGUGAAUGCCUGCAGCUGAUGAAAGAAACUGAAGUCCUUUCAGUGUCAGAGGUGAUCAGUUUGCUACAGAUGGAUUUAACAGCAUACCUAGUUUACAGAUAUGGAUUCAGACUGAACUGAGGCUGAGAGAAGAGUACAAUUUCAGAAAGAAGAAGCAUGAGACUGGACAUUAUUUCUUAAUAUUUAAUAUGUAAACUUUUCAAAAUGUGCACUUCUUGUGUUGUUUUGCAUUGAAAAAGCAACCACCUCAAGUACACAGAAAAUGAAGACAGCUGUUGAUCUAGAAAACUGGAGGAUAUUGUUCAACUUUAAAGCUGGUUUUCAAGCCUGACUUUCAGCUUUCUGGAAAAAGUAUAGAGUUCUAAGUCGCACGAAAUGCUUAUUUAUCUAUUUAUGUUUGUAUUAAUUCUUAACUGUACCAGAUGAUCAAAUCCAAAGAGAGAACGCUCAAUGUUUGAAACUGUUGUUUUUAUUAACCAACAGUAAGAAAUAUGAACAGCACAGCAAACCUUCAAAAUGUCACACUAGCCAUGAAUGGCUCAGACAUCAGCUUGGCCAAUGACUUUUCUGUUAUGUUAAAAAUUAUUGGAAUGAUAGCCAUCAUCCUUAUUAUUGUCAUUGGAAACUUGCUUGUUAUCAUUGCCAUCACCAGGACUCCUCGACUUCAAACUAUGACAAACAUUUUCAUCACUUCUCUGGCAUGUGCUGACCUAAUCAUGGGACUACUGGUGGUGCCCCUUGGGGCUACUAUUGUGGUAACAGGCCAUUGGCAAUUAGACACCAAGUCCUGUGAACUUUGGACAUCAGUUGAUGUCCUUUGUGUGACAGCUAGCAUUGAAACUUUAUGUGUAAUAGCUGUGGACAGGUACAUUGCAAUCACUUCCCCCUUGAGGUACAAGACGCUUUUGAAUAAAAUGCGAGCACGGAUAGUGGUGUGCAUCAUAUGGGCUGUGUCUGCUCUUAUCUCAUUUCUCCCCAUUAUGAAUCAUUACUCAAAGGACAUGUAUGACCUGGAAGCACUGAGUUGCUAUAAUAACACACAGUGCUGUGACUUUAUAACUAACAAACCCUACGCUAUUGCCUCAUCUGUUGUCUCUUUCUAUGUACCGCUGCUAAUUAUGAUCUUUGUUUAUUCAAGGGUAUUUGCCAUUGCCAGCAAACAAGUGCACCUUAUUGAACGGAAUCGUAUACGCUUUCAUGAGAGUGGGGAGCCCCCCUCACCAUCCAACAUUAACCCCAACAACAUACAGGGGAGCUCUGGCUCAAUUUCACUGACAGCAGGCACUCGUAGGAAGAACUCCAAGAGACGACCUUCCCGUCUGGCUGCCAUUAAAGAGCACAAAGCUCUCAAGACUCUUGGUAUAAUUAUGGGCAUUUUUACUUUAUGCUGGCUGCCAUUCUUUGUUGCUAACAUUAUACAAGUGUUCAAUAGGGAAAUACCAGAAAAGAAAAUUUUUCUUUUACUGAAUUGGUUGGGCUACAUCAAUUCUGGCUUAAACCCCAUAAUCUAUUGUCGGAGCCCAGAUUUCCGCAAAGCAUUUAAGAAACUGUUGGGUUGUCCAUGGAUUAAUGGAGCAGUGCUUCAUGUCUUUUCCAAGGAGAUGAGGGCACGAUGCUCAUGCCUACACGAGGCAGACAUUAAAGGACAAGUUGGAAGAACAUGCGAUUGUGAAAAUGGAAACCACAGUUUAAAGACAUCAUGUGAAAUGCAAAUAUCGAAGACAAAAGAGCUGGAUGGUGAGGAGAGUUUGGCAAGUAGCAGGAGUAGUAGCCGCAGCGAUGGUGCCUCAUCUGGUCCAUCAUAUGUCAAUGGGAACAUAAGCUUCAGAACCUUCACAGCGCCAGAGGGAGAAAUAGAAUCCACGAGUGACCAAUAGGGUGUUCAUUUGGACAGGAUGCAAAGGAAACAAUGAUCAACACAAAAUGGACUGCUAUGACUGGAUAACAUUGGGCAAAUUUAAAAACAAGUGGACACAUUGGGACUGUUUAAAUUACAUAGUCUAUCUUUUGCAAGUAAAGAAGCAACCUAUAGUAGGGUAGACCAAAAAUGAAAACACAGGACAGAAAAGAAAUGCUGCACCUUAUAGGUCACGUCUUUCUUCACUUCAGCCAAGAAACAGAAGUCUUAUUUAUAAACAGCUGUCAAAAACAUAUUUUGAGAAAAGACGACAUGUAUAGCAGGCUAAGAAGAAAAAGAAUGAAGAAAAGGUAUAUUAUAAAGGCAUUCAAAAUCAUAUUCUAUGCUUCUUCCCCUAAACUCAAACAUUUCGGCCUCUGAAUGUACAGCAUGAAUUCUUUAAGAAGGUGGUUGCGCGUGAAUGCUGUUAAGUAAGAAAUGUAGCUGUAUCGCACAAUUUCAAAAGAGCUACCUGCUCUUAUUUUCAUAAUUGAAAAAAUUUUAAUUAUCUAUAUUUUAUUUUGAGUUAGAAUGUGUGUUUCUAAGAAUGCAAUACUGUAUGCUUAUCAUAUUAUAGCUUUACAGCAGAGCUUUUCUUUUUGUUAAUCUAAAUAAUUGUUAAAAUUUACACUGAUGUACAGUAUCUUCACCCUCUUGCAUUCACAUUGCUAAGCUCACAGAGUUAUCAAGUGUCUUCAAGUGUUUUCAUUAUAAUUAGGUUUUAAACAAUAAACUAAUACCUACCCUAAAUAAAUUUUUAAAUUUACCUCCAAAUGAAAUAAAUCAAUUAAAUGUAUGCAUAAUAUAUGGAUAAGUCAAUUAAGUUUGAAUAAAACCCAAAAGAAUACAAGUCUUGACAAAUAUCUGUGAUGGCAUAACAAAUAAAGCAUACAAAAUAUGGUUUACAUUCUCCUUGUCUGAAAAAAAUAACCAUUUAAUAAUUUUGCCAAGUUUAUUCUAUAAGAAAAAGAAAUAUGGUCAUGCACUUGAUACCAGCAUAAGUGAAGUACUCUCUAGAGAAAUUAUAAUAUUGCAAGAGGAAGGCAAGGGAGCCAUCAAUAAUCUAACAAACACAUAUUCUGUGCAACAUAAUAUGUUGAAAUUUAAUUUAAAUGAUUUCAAACUGAUUCUACAAAUACCUCCACACAUUUCUAGUCUUUAUUUCACUUCGAGACCAGCAAACCUGAUUAAGCUAAAAACUACUUAUAAACCCCUUUAUUUAACAAAUCGGGAAGAAUUUCAUGAAAAUCCACUUAACUUACAUGACUGAAAGCACAAAUGAUUAAUAUUCUCAAUUUACUUCUACUACCUAGUGAGCGGAGGGCAAGUUUUUUGGUUAUAACUCCUACAUUACUCUAAUCUCAGUAAGUCCUGUUCCAUAAAUACAACAAUGAGAUAAGUGCAACUCCUGCAAAAAUAAAGGAUAUUGACUUGCAUUAUACAGUGUUUUUAAAAAUAUGCAGGUCAUUUUUAAUCUUGCUUAUCUUCUAUAAGUAGAUGCACACACUUGAAGGAACACUGAUAUAGAUUUUAACAUUUAAGUAAAACGCAAAAACAUCAUCUAAAUUUUUAUAUAAAACCAAUUGUUCCUAUUUCUAACAAUGAGAUCAUUUUCUUAAUAUGAAAAUUUGUUUUUAUUUUAUAUAAAAGGAAUUGUCAGUCCAUUUCAGAAAAAAAUAACAUUACUACAGAUUGUAUCAUACUGGAAUGGUAAUAAACCUUAGUUCUAAAUGAUUUAUUUUCAGUUUUAGGUGAAAAACUAUUAGCCUUCACUGGUGGGGAAGUAACCAAUUGUUAAGUUCAACACCAAAAAAAAAAAAAAAAUAAAAAAAAAGAUUUGAACCUUCUAUUUAAGAUUUUACAUUGCAAAUGAUUUAUUUUGCUUAAAGUUAGGAAAACAUUCUAAUAAUAUUUGAAUGAUAUUAUACUGCAAGUAUAGUGCAUUCAAGUACAAAAAAAAUCAAAUAAAUAAAGUAGUUGGUACUUGUCAGAAAUAGUAAAGAAAAUUACUUUAGUGAAACACACAAAUUAGAUUAUUCUGUAAAACUGUUUAAUUUUAUAAGCUGUCCUCUUGAGCAUUUGUAAUAAUGAAAACAAUUUUCUUACACUAUCAUGCUAAUCAAUGUACAACAGUAAUAAAGUAAUUAGCACUGUUGUCUUAUAAGAACAGAAAUCUGGAUUUGAUUACCUGCUUGAUCACCAUGUAUGUGUGGCAUUUGCACACUUUUCUCAGGUACUUAAGUGCCCUUCCAAAUCUCAAACACAUGUUGUUUAGGUUGAUGUAUAACUUUAAAUUAUUUUGGUUAGAGUUAUUAUGACAUAAAGUAACAUCCUGUCUUGUGCUGUCUUAUCUCAGUGCUGCCAAGAUGGGCUAAUAGAAAUACUCGGUAAGAAAAUGGAUGGAUGGAUAUAGCCAUGGGUUCCCUGACCAAAUUUGUCUUGAUAAAAUUUCAGCUUGUCUUUUUUUUUGUGUGAAAUUUUUUCUAAACAAAUUACAAUCAUUCAACAGCCUCAUUGGACAACCUCUUUCCACUCUUAAUUUAUUACACCAGAAAGGCUCCAUAGUGUGUUUAUUAUUUUAAUUAAUUAUUACCCUCAAUGGAACAAAAGUGAUGGGUUGAAAUAUUGGCAAGAUAAUUACAGUUAUAUUGAAUAUAAGGCAUUUUCUUUAGUUAAAGUUUUUUUUUUUUUAAUACAAAUCUUACAAGAACUUGGACAUACAAGUAACAAAAACCAGCUAUUGGAAUAAAUGUACUAUUCAGGCAUUAAUAGAUUAUAGCUUAAAACUUGGAUGAAGCCAAAGAAAAAAUACAGUUGUAGUUUCAGUGUUCCUUCAGGAUUGUGUCUGUAAACACCUGGGGCCUCAUGUAUAAUGCCGUGCGUAGAACUCGCACUAUAACAUGGCGUAAGCACAAAAGCGGGA